CUGACCGUACGUGGGUAAAAAAAAAGAUARCUACAGUACGAAUUAGAGGACGUACGGUACGGUAGCACAAUUGGGAGAACGUUCCAUUUCAUGCAACCGCAUACCGAUUUGUGAUCAAAAGACCUCCCGGAACGAAUAAAAGAUCAUGGGACCUUCUGCCGAAGAUAUUGUCACCGCUAUGCAUCGAGCCAUAAAGGAGACUCCGUCUUUAAGGUCUCGCUUCAAUGCUGUGGUUGAGUUUUGUCUUUUUGACGGGAGCGAUGUAACGAAGGGGAAGAUAGAUAUUUCAAAAAAUAAGAAAGGCACCAGUGGUAAAGCUGAUUUAAUUGCGUCGUGCGAUUUGAGCUUAUUUCACAAGCUACUGAACAAGAAGAUCACGCCACAACAAGCAUUCAUGCAGGGGAAAUUGAAAAUCAAAGGAAACAUGGGAUUGGCCAUGAAGCUAACCCUCGUACUUAAUGCGACCCGAAAAGCAUUGCAGAAUGAAAACAAAGUACAGCGAUCGAAAUUAUAGGAGCAUUAUUACUAUSCUGAUUAUCAAGCACUUUAAUGGUGUUUCACUCCGCAUCAUCUAAUUCUACGAAUUUCUGGGUACUAUUUGCCUGAUGUGAUCAUCCGUCAAGUUAUCGAAGCGAUACACAGACUUACAACCACCGUUUGUCCGUGGAUGCUAUAAAUCUAGUUGUCGGGCAUGUUUUGUCACGGAUUAUUCAAUGAAGAUCCCAACUGAAAACUCUAGGGACCGGAGAAGAUGGUGAAAUUAGAUCACAAUAAUUUGGGUUCCACAUCCACUUCUGGGCGAGAGUACCCGCAUAAUUGUUCUUGGCAGUUGCAUAAUUCGGCAUUGAUUGACAUUCAUCUUGGGCCUUCAAACGGAGUACACCUGUAGGUCUCCUGUAGUGGAAUUUUUCUUCAGCUCGGUUAAUCUGUUGUUGCACUGGUGCUUCUUGUCGUCUGCUUCCAUAAUUUGAUCCUCGACCCUGCAUUUCAGUUUGCAUUUCGUACCGAAAAUCUUGGGAUUCUUUUUGGUCGUCCAAUUUCAUAUCCGGAGUUGACAUUCCAGAAUACUGUUGAGGAAGAAUGGGGCGAGAGCAUGAAACAUAUCUCACUUUCUCCGAAUAGCGGUUUCUGUCAGUUUUGUUUCGGUUGGAAACUGGAAUCUGCCACGGGGACCCAACAUUUGCUGUUCUGUCGGACUUUGUCUCUUUGUUCAUUUCCUCCGUUUCAACGUCGUUCAUCAACGAUCCAUUGGUGCGCAAUGUUAGUCUCUCGACUUGAGAGGCAUUCAACACGGCUCUUUCCUUGGCCAGUCGUGUGCUCUCCAUCGUAUACUGCUGAUAAACCUGUGCAAGGAUAAUAUCAUCAUCUCCAGUCGAAGAAUGUGCGUCACGACCAUUUUCCUGACGAAGUUCUUGCUCAAAAAUUACAGCGAAGACAGCAUUUUUGCUUCUUUGACGUCUGUGAAAACGCUGCAUUCGCGUUUCAACCCCUAGCAAAUCUUCGCUCUUCGUCCCGUUCAUGAAGCUCCAGGCAGAAAAACYCCGGGACAUGCGCUUUUCGCGAGAGCGGAAAGACUCGUAGUCUCGAUUUUGGUAAUAGCAGGCGUCAAUUUCUUCAUCUGACAUAUCUCGAGCACUUUCUAUCCAAAGUAUGGAGGUAGUCUUGCGGAACCGCAGCGUCCUACCAGGAGCACUUUCUCUACGUCCUUCAUUUGCCGAUGUUUGAUUGCGAGAAGAUAAAAUAGUUUUUUUCGAGGUAACUGAACGUACCGGAUCAUCGGCAUGUAACCAGCUAUUUUCGACAAUCAUUGAAGCAGAGAAUCGGAAAAUAUGUUCGCAACUUUGAAAGAUUUGGCAACUCGGAUUAAAAAUUCAAAUGCCGUUUCCAACUAUCGUUUGUGUAUUUCUCAAUCCGAAUGUUGAGUAGAUAAAUAUCCUCAUUCUAU